GCCGCGCAGGCCGAGGACGGGAGCGCGGGGCGGCGGCGGCGGCGGCGGCGGCGGGCUGGGGAUGUGGAGGCCUCGGGCAUCCUCGGAUCUGUGGAACAAGACCUGGGGACGAUCCACGCCGCCACUUUUCCUCCCCGUGGGCUCUCGUUCAGCCGGAGAGCAGGCUUGAGAGCCAGACUUCCAGGGUUCAAAUCCCAGCUGUACGUUUGUCAGGGACGGAGGGUGUCGUAGAUGGCCCCGCUGCCAGGGGCGGAGCUGGUCCAGAGGCCACUGCAGCUCUACCGAUACUUGCUACGCUGUUGCCGGCAGCUGCCGACCAAGGGCCUCCAGGAGCAUUACAAACAUGCUGUCAGGCAGAGCUUCCGGGUUCAUUCAGAUGAAGACAACCCUGAGAGAAUUCAGCAAAUUAUUAAAAGAGCCAUUGAAGAUGCCGACUGGAUCAUGAACAAAUAUAAAAAACAAAACUGAGGAUCCUGGGCCCGAAGAGUGAAGCUGCCCUAACAACACCUGAACUUGGGAGACCUCUCUUCUUCUGGAACGAAUCAGUAGCAGCAGCUCCGGAAUAUUCAUUGACCCUGUUGGCUUAGAGAGCAAGCACUCAGGGGCGGGGGAAGCUGACGUUUGCUCCGACACUCUUCUCGCCGUCGUCAUGUUUCCAGCAUCCUUCAUGUUUGCUCUUCCAGCCAGUCGUGAUGUGAAAUUUGAGGAGAAUGUGGUAUUUUUUUGUUUUUUCUGUGUGUUUUUUAUUUUUGUUUUUUUGUUAUUUUACUUUGCUCUGAAAAUGAUUCAUUUAUUCUGGAGGUCUCUUUACUACUCUUUGAGUCCCAGAGCAGACGUCCCCUCAGGUGGCAGGUUGUACAGAAGAAAGAGCGUGCGUUUUAGAACCAGACAGAUCUGGAUUUGAAUCCCAGCUCAGUGGCUCUUCAAGGGCGUUGCCUUCAAGCUCAGUCUCCUCCGUUGUGAGGAUUACAUAAAGUGAAGUGAAGUGCCUAAACAGGACGUGCGUGUGGUGUGCCUGUUGCGUCCCUCUCUGCUCCCUCAGCGCUCUGCUCAGCAGACACCGCGUCGGGCCUUGGUUUUGUGUUUGUGAGCUUGUCCCAGCCCUGCUUGUCACCUCACAGCCCUCAGAGUUUUACCACGCCCAGUAUUCUGCCAGGGAACUGUUCUUCUUGGCCACUGUUUCUCCAUGGCCCAGGGAAGUAGAAGGCCUGCUCUUGAAUUCAAGCAAUUUACAGUGUCCUUGAAAUGGUGAAAAGUGCGCCAUGUGAACCUGUGACCUGUCUUGACUGGCCUUUCCCUGCCUUGCCACUGUCAUGGAAGGAAGGAAAGAAGGAAGGGAAGGAGAGUGGCAGGGAAGGCCCAGGAAGAACUGGCCAGAGCAGGUGGAGCAGUGGAAAGAUGCAGAGAGAAGGGGCACUGGGACUUGAGUAUUCCCCAAGACUCUCAGUCAGAGGGAUGAGCUAGCGUGCGUUUGUGUCCUUGCAAUUAUGUGACUUAAGUGACUCAAAUACAUCUAUGUGUAUGCAACUGACUAAUAAUGAACUAAAUAUGUCAAUUUGUGAAA